GUGGGCAGAAAAGAAGCAAAGGCAAAGAGGCAAAACGGCAAAACGUGAACUGGUUUUAUUGUUUUGUUUUAAUGUCUCAGAUGGAACAGCAACAGGCAUUGGCAACGGCGUCGUUGAAAGGCAACAGGAAGCGGCAAACGACGCCGUUUGCUAUGAUCAACGAUGACCUCCUCCUCAACAUUCUCUCCAGGCUACCGGCGGUGUCGUUUGCUUCGGCGGCGUGCGUUAACAAGUACUGGAACGGAAUCUGCAAUCGGGUCCUCUCUCGUCCCAAGCUCUCCUCCGCUCUCUCCCUUAAUCCUUCACCGGAGGUUGCCGUUGGAGAGGUUCUUGAUGAAGUUCUCGCCGAACCAAUAAGACCCCAUUUCGCUAUUGCUAAUGUUGGCGGUGGAUUUCGCUUGGCUGAGGUUUUGAGGCUUAUGUCGAAGAAAUUGGGAUCAAAAACUCCAAUUAUUGUAACAACUGCUAGUGGAAUAAUUGGAAGAGAUGCUCGUACUGGUGAAUUCAAAGAGGCUAAGUUGAUGUUAUCCCACUGCUAUGAUCUGAACUGGGAUGGUGAAGAAGAUGAGGAUACAGAAGAUACAAAUGGAAUCGUUUUGACUGUUGGGUUUGUACCCGGACUGAAAGUUGAUGCUAUCCCACUGUUACAACCUACAAAGGAACUUCGAGAUGCAAGGAUUGAGAAGUUCGUGAUGGACAUAAGAGAUUUCACUUCCUCUGCUUCGGGCUCUACAACCCCUGUAGGGAUUAUAAUGUUUGGAGAAGGGCGUGCUAACAUGAAACCGAUUCUUAAUGUGUUGGAUUUUGCUAUGCCCUUGGAAACAGUUAUCCUGGGUAAUGAGAGGUCUCGCUUUUUGUAUAGGAGUGAAAGUGAUUAUAAAGAUGUUCGUGGGAAUAAAACAUGCUUCACAUGUGCUAUUGCUCUUGUAUUUGCAAACGAUAAAGACAAGUCCUGCGGCAUAGGGAAUAUCCAAUUCAAUGUUGCAUUGUCAAAUGGGUUAUCAACAAUAGGUCCCAAAUACAAGGCAGCCUCUGUUAAAGUGAACAGCUGUGAUCAUACUACAUGGCUUACCGCUAGAGCAGAAGGAAAUCCGGCAGUUCUUGAUGGUCAAAGAAUUCUAGAUGAUAUCAAUCGUAAGUUGGAAAAUCGUAGUGAUGCUCCUGAUCUAUAUAUUGGUGUCACAACACGAAGAAAUUUCUCUAUUGGGUCAAAGAAGCCAAAGUUGAUGACCUCAUUGACCUUUCAUGGAGUUGUAGGAGGAGAUGAGGAGUAUCUUUAUGUUGAUGGUAUUGGCAUAAAAACUGGUGAUUACUUUCAAUUCUACCACUCAGAUCCUGCUACUGCCUUAUCCUCAUGUAGUGAGGUCACCAUGAAGCUCAAAGACUUUAAGUCGGAUAAAAGUUCGAAAAAUGUCCGUCACAUGAGUGAUUUUGAUGUUAAUAGAGUUAGAGAGGAAGUUUUUGGGGGUUUAAUUUUCGGUUGUUAUGGCCGUGGUGAAUCAUUCUUCAAACGCCCCAAUAUCGACAGCUCCCCAUUUCUAGAGAACUUCCCUGGGGUGCCAGUAGCUGGAGUAUUUUGUGGUGGAGAGAUUGGACGGAGCUCUUCAAGCAUGACUGGAAAGUUUCAUAAAGACAGUGAUUCCUGCUGCUGUCUGCAUGUCUAUAGCACUGUUUAUUUAGUGAUGUCUUAUACACCGUCAGAGUUGGAGUAUUAGUUGUUGCUCACAGCUUCUCUGAAGAUGAACAUAGUUUGCCGUUAUAGGGGGUAUGGCGUUUCUGGCUGCAUUUCAAGAUGAUCGAGGACCCAGAUUAGAAGCCAUGUAUUUGUAUUGUUUUUUGUUCUUUUUUACACUGUAUUUGCCUUUUAUAUUAAUUAAUUGCGUUACAUUUGUAAUUCUACCUGUUCCAACUUUGGAAUAGAAGAAAGUAAUGAAAAUAAUAGUGAUGAUCUUGAUAA